AUGGCCUCUCUGACCGUCAGCUCGGCGGCACGGAACCUCGAGAGGCAUCGGAAGUCUUUCUCGCUGCUCUUCUACCGGGCCGUUCGGGACCUGAAGCCGGUCUGGCUGCUGGAGGAUAUACGGAUCAUGGAGACAUUUUACCCGGAGGAGGACGCCAGUCAGAGGACUUACACCCCGUCCGAGGCGCUGCUCUACGCGAUAGUCCACGACCACCAGGCGUACGCACGGUACCUCCUCAGCCGGUACACCGAGGAGGCGUUAGCGAAGCCCGGGGAGCGUUUCUGCUGCUGCCCGUCCUCCGCCCCACACCUAACCAUGGCAGUCCGCUACGACAGGCGCUAUAUCCUCGGCCUCAUCCUGCAGGAGGCUCACCGGGUCCCCAGCACAACCCCCUACACGGACCAAACCGGCUGUUUCCACGUAGAGGACGGAAGGACCCCUCUCCAUCUGGCCUGUGAGCUCCAGCGGCCCGAGGCGGUGGUCAUGCUGCUGGGGAGCGGAGCCUCUCCUCACGCACGGGACCACAACGGCCUGACCCCGCUGGACGUGCUCCUGGAGAAGCUCCGGGACUCUAAAGCGGGGAGAGGCGGGGACGGGAGGCAGUGUCUGGACAACCUGCUCAUGUUCAUGCCGAAAGUCCGCUUUAAGAUGGAGGCAGCUCUGAGCAGGGAGCCGGAGCAAUGGACCAAGGUCCUUGGAGAGGACACCUACAAGUAUCUAUCGGGACGGAGCCCCGCACCACUAGUCCUCAGCGCCAUGCAGACUGUCCUGAAACAGCUGAGCCCCGCCAGCUUCCCGGACUGCCUGCACGAGCUGCCUAUCCCCUCCACCCUGAAGCCCCCCGGUCUGCCUGUGAGCCAGCGGGAGAGGCAGAGAGCGGUGUAG